AUGACACACCUAGGCCCCUCCAUCUCGCUCCCUCCAGCUCAACUCCCCUCCCCAACAACCCUCCAAGGCCGCAAAGUGCUCCUCCAACACCUUGAUCCCUCCCACGCAGACCAUCUCUACACCCUCAUCGGCGGCACCGACCCCAUCCAAACCUCCCUAUGGACCUACAUGCCUGAAGGGCCCUAUCCCGACCUCCCUUCCUUCCGCGCCUCCAUCACCACAAAAUCAACCUCCACCGACCCCUUCCUCUUCGCCAUCCUCGACAACACCACCCCCACCAGUACACCCAUCGGCCACAUCUCCCUCAUGCGCAUAACCCCCGCCCACCUCACCGCGGAAAUCGGCCACGUCGUCUUCUCCCCCUCCAUCCAGCGCUCAACACAGGCCACCGAGUCCGUCUACCUCCUUCUCCGGCAUGCAUUCGAGGACCUAGGCUACAGGCGUAUCGAGUGGAAGUGCGACUCGCUUAAUGAGGCCUCGCGCCGUGCGGCGCGCCGGUUUGGGUUUACGUUCGAGGGCAUCUUUCGGCAGCAUAUGGUUAUGAAGGGGCGGAAUCGGGAUACGGCGUGGUUUUCGUUGUUGAGGGAUGAGUGGGUGGGAAGCGUGAGGGGGGCGUUUGAGGGGUGGUUGGAGGAGGGGAAUUUCGGGGAGGAUGGGAUGCAGAAGAGGAGGUUGGAGGAGUUUCGAUAA